AUGACCGAGGUCGCUGGCUCCAGUAGCAUGUCGCAAGCUGCUUCUACAGGCCAAUGUCUUGAUGCCACAGACGUGAAACGAAGCACGAGUGGGAAAAGAAAGAGAUGCGAGCAUGGCGAGCUGCGGUGGCAUUGUCGCUUCUGCUCUGGCUGCCCGCAUGGCAAGGCAAAGCAGAACUGCAAGCAGUGUAGCCCUUGCCCCCAUGGCAAGAUACUGCGUGCAGUGCCGCGGCUGCCCACACGGGAAAAUGAAGCAGAAUUGCCCUCAGUGCAGCGCGUGUCCACACGGCAAGCUGAAGCAGAACUGCUCUCAGUGCAGCGGGUGCCCCCAUGGGAAGGUCAAAUACCACUGCGCGAAGUGCAAUGCCGCCCGCACGGCAAGCGGAAGCGAAGCUGCAUGCCCUGCAGUGCAUUGCCCAGCACGCCCUGCCAAAAAAGAUACAAGACGCUUUCUCAGAUCUGGAGAUGUAUCUUCAGCAAGGCAUCGAGCACGCAACACCAGUCGGAAACGCCGGUGAAGGUCUUUGUGGAGCCGUGCAUCAAGUCGCAUUUUCAACAUGAGCUGCAGUGGGGCUGGCGGAGGGCCGGACUUCAUAAUGGCAGUGAAGCAGCUUGUACAUGA